CAACUUCAGUUUGUUUUCAUAAAAAUAAAACGAGAGAUCAUGUCUUGUAUCUUGUGAAGUAAUUCUCAAAAGAUCACUUUUUAAAAAUCAAACCUCUUUCAACUUUCCAUUGCCGAAACGAGGUUGCAAAUCUAAAGAUUCACAAUGGCAUCUUACCAUGUUUCUCAUGAUUCAUAUCAAUCACCAGGUCCUUCACCAUUGUACCAACCGAUAAUAGAGGCUCCACCGCCACCGUAUCCACCAACCCGAACGAGGUAUCAAGAUUACUACGGUGGCUACGGUCAGCCGCAUCCACCACCUCUACGUCCAUAUAGAUCAGAUCAUGAAUACUAUGGAGACGGAGAAUAUGUUGGUUGCUUUCCGUUUCUCAGAAGCUGUUUGACGACGCUAUGUUGUUGCUGGUUCGUGGAACAGUGCUGCUUUCGAAGUCGUUAUUAAUUCUAUUAUGUGAUGAGACCAUUUACUCUCGAUGAUCUACUUUUGAUCCGCGUUUAUGUUGUAUUAGGCAAAUUAGAAUACUUGUUUUGUUCAUGAAACAAGGACUUCUAAUAAUAAAAACAAACAAAAUUACGUUUUGAGAAAUGUCAUGAGACGGUAAACACUAGAUUUUUAUUUUUACAUCCUUCUUUU